CAAGGCGCGGUCACACUGCAGCAAUGACAUAACCUAGUUAUUGUCAAAAAACUGGAGUAAAUUUGAUUUCUUCGAAAACAUAAAUCGCAACUUGCGUUUGGGUUGCCGGCAUGUUGAAGUUUAACCGUGUAAGCCAGCUGCGAACGACGUACAAGCGCUGCUUGGCCGGACAGUCGCAGCUGCAGCUGAAUCCCACGGACGCAGAGCCGGCAUAUCCGGAGAUUCAGGAUACGUCCUUCAAGGCGCGCAAGCAGAAGGAUGCAGCCAACUGGCACGAGGAAAUCCGCCAGGUGCCCACCGUGGAGGAGAAGAUGAUCAAGAUCAAUAUACCUCGCUAUUAUGGCUUCAAGGUGGUCGACUUCAACGACUCGAAAAUCCCCUACAAUGCACUGCCGCUCACGCAACAUUAUACGCGCACAGUGCUGGAGGAUUUGCCAUCGAAAUCGGCGAAGACACAGGAUCCCGAGCAGAAGGAGCAGCCAAGCGAAGAUGCUCUUUUCACGGCGGCUCGCGGGGAUGUCAUCGAUGCCCUCGAAUUCGCCCACGACUACUACAAGCAUUUGGAAAAGCAACCCAACUCUGCCGAACAUAGCCCCGUUGAACGUGAGCGCAUCCUAACGCAGAUCAUUGUGGAACAGCUGAACAGAGCUCUGUUGCAGUCCCUCAGCGAGGAGUACAAGCACCUAGAUGAGGUCGAGGUCGACUACAAUCCGCGCCACGAAGCCUUCUGGGCCGUUGGCGGCGUAGAUCCACCCAAGAACGUGCAAAAAUCAAAGAAGGGUCGGGAGUGGCAGAAAGAGAUGGCCAACGAGAGCGUCGAUCGACUGGUUCAGUAUACGGGAGCACCAUACCUUGCCCUGCGCCAUCGCAAGCAAUUGUCGCCGUGGAAAACGGAAGCGGAAAGCGAAAACCACGAGCUAAGCAAACAAUUGCCCCGUUUCAAGCACGACCCGCGAACACUCGGCUACAGCACCAAGCAUCAGCACGCCACCAAUGUGCCAGGCUAUUGGCCCAGAGGAAAUGAGCACAACUUCGGUCUGCUCUCAUUUCAAUCGCGGGCACACCUUCAACUCCGCCCGAAAUCGUACGGUGAGCAGGACAUGCUAGAGGCUCUGCAUUCACUGGCGAUUAAAUCGUCAUACGCGUGGCUUUUGGCCCAGGCGAACUACAAUGGCUUCAACACUUACAACGAACUGACCUAUCCCAUGAACACUCAAACUGUGAUCACGAACGGCAGGGAAUGGAGCUUCUACGAGUACCAACUGAAUACGCUGCUGCUGCACGGCAACAACGUGGAUGGCAAUCCCCGUGUCAACUUCUGUCGCGGUACAAAGCCACUCCCGCUUUACGCUGAGAUUUCGGCGAGUGGAAAGUGUGUUGACUUUAACGAUAACGCACUGCGGCACCUGCUUAACUUCUAUGCUAACGUGCCAUCCAUUCAGCGCAGUAUUGGGGAGCAGCAGCCGUACGUUGCAUCCAACGUCUCCGGCUAUGAGAACGCCGAACAGCGUGAUUUUAUUAGCAAAACGUUCAAAUAUUUGGCAUCCAACCGACCGCGACACUUGGAGUUACCUGAAAUCUACCUGUGGGAGAAGCUAUACAAGAUUGAUAACAACAAUCGCGCCAUGGAGGCCAAGCGACGCUUCUUCGAGCUGGACAUCAAUCCUUGGCAACGAACGCUGGACACACAUGACAAGGAGUAUGUUCCCCGGGCACUUCGACCAGAUGUCCCUAAGAAUAAGAACAGGUUCAAGAAGACGUACUACCCGUAAUUAAAUGAAUAAACAUAAACACUUCCUAAGGUUAAACUUGUUAAAAA